GACAGCGAGCACACCUCCGGCCGACAGUCUGCUGACGUGAGUUCCCCGCAUUUCUUUUUACCACUGGCUCAAGAAGAAGAGCUUCAGCUGCGUACUGUUGAGGCUGGCCAGACCAGGAGGAGCAGGAAGGAGCUGCUUUUUCCGAGAGAGGAUCAAAGGCCGGGAGAGAGAGCGAUAGUGUGGCUGAACAUCCCUCGGCAUGAAGAAAAGCAGGAGUGCACAGGGGGUUACACCAGGCGAUGAGAAUAAGGAGCCCCCUGUGGUACAAAUCUCUGCGGGCAGCACACUCGGGGUGGAUGUGUACAAAGUCCAGAGGCGCUUUUCUGGCAAUCUGCAGCUGCCACCGUUGUCAUGGCGACAGGCAGAAAUGGAGCGGGACAGGGGGAGGUCGCCGACACCUGAAGAUGAUCCAGUGACCUGCAGCAGACCUACAAGCCUGCCCAUCUACUCACUGCCCCGCAUCGACAUCACAAAGGCCGACCCCGACAGUUUUGAAGGUGAGAAUGGUCCGUCAUUGUGCUGCAGCCCCUCAGACCCCCAGGCGUCCCCGGGCUCCGGGCUGGUUCUCCACCCCAACCAGGCAUGCCACGGCCAGCGGCGAGAGUCCUUCCUGUACCGCUCCGACAGCGACUACGACCUGUCGCCCAAGUCCUUGUCUCGAAACUCUUCCAUUGUUGGAGAACUGCACGGAGAAGACUUGAUUGUAACCCCAUUUGCUCAGGUUUUGGCAAGCCUCCGGACUGUCAGGAACAACUUCACCACCUUGACAAAUGUACAAUGUGUAUCCAAUAAGAGGUCUCCAGCAGCAAAUCAGCCUUCUUUUGCCAAAGUCUGUUUGUCAGAUGAGUCCUACCAGAAGCUGGCUAUGGAGACCAUGGAGGAGCUGGACUGGUGUCUGGACCAGCUGGAGACCAUCCAGACGUACCGCUCCGUCAGCGACAUGGCCUCCAACAAGUUCAAGAGGAUGCUGAACCGGGAGCUAAGCCACCUGUCUGAGAUGAGUCGCUCGGGCAACCAAGUGUCCGAGUACAUCUCCAACACCUUCCUAGACAAGCAGAAUGAGUUGGAGGUUCCAUGCCCGGCUCCCAAGUCGAGGGAGAGGAAGAGGAGGCAGGGCCAGCAGCAGCAGCAGCAGCAACAGCAGCAGCAGCAGCAGCAGCAGCAGCAGGGUGGGAUGAUGACUCAGAUCAGCGGGGUGAGGAAGGUCAGCAACACGCCCAGCAUCUCCGGGGGCACCGGGAACCGCUUCGGGGUCAAGACGGACCAGGAGGAACUGCUGUCCAAGGAUCUGGAGGACAUCAACAAAUGGGGCCUGAACAUCUUCAAAGUGACUGAGCACUCCCACAACCGGCCGCUCACAUGCGUCAUGUACACCAUCUUCCAGGAGCGAGACCUGAUGAGGACGUUCAAGAUUCCGACGGACACCUUUGUGACGUUCAUGCUGACCUUGGAGGGCCACUAUCACUCGGACGUGGCCUACCACAACAGCCUGCACGCCGCUGACGUAGCCCAGUCCACACACAUCCUGCUGUCCACCCCCGCACUGGAUGCGGUCUUCACAGAUCUGGAGAUCUUGGCAGCCAUUUUCGCUGCAGCCAUUCACGAUGUGGACCACCCAGGAGUGUCCAACCAGUUCCUCAUCAACACCAACUCCGAGCUGGCUCUGAUGUACAACGAUGAGUCGGUGCUGGAGAACCACCACCUAGCCGUGGGCUUCAAACUGCUGCAGGGGGAAAACUGCGAUAUCUUCCAAAACCUGACCAAGAAGCAGAAGCAGUCGCUCCGGAGGAUGGUCAUAGACAUGGUAUUAGCAACUGACAUGUCCAAACACAUGAGCCUGCUCGCUAAUCUGAAGACGAUGGUGGAGACCAAGAAGGUGACCAGCUCUGGAGUCCUGCUGUUGGACAACUACACCGACAGAAUGCAGGUGUUGCGUAACAUGGUGCACUGUGCCGACCUGAGCAACCCCACCAAGCCUCUGGACCUGUACCGGCAGUGGACGGACAGGAUCAUGGACGAGUUCUUCCACCAGGGGGACCGAGAGAGGGAGAGGGGGAUGGAGAUCAGUCCCAUGUGCGACAAACACACCGCGUCAGUGGAGAGAACACAGGUGGGUUUCAUCGAUUACAUUGUCCACCCUCUGUGGGAGACGUGGGCCGACCUGGUCCACCCCGACGCUCAGGACAUCCUGGACACUCUGGAGGACAACAGGAACUGGUACCAAAGCAUGAUCCCCCAGAGCCCCUCCCCCCCCUUCUACACCAGCGACGGGGAGGGUGGCCCCCAUGGGGAGCUGGAGGAGGGGCCUGGGGCCAGUAAGUUUCAGUUUGAGCUGACGCUGGACGAUCAGGAUGGACAGAGCGGAGAGAGCGCCAUGAUGGAGAUGGUCGACGGGGUCAUACCCCGAGACCCUUCCUCCGAUCAGGGCGGGGUUGAAACGUGUGACGUCUCCCCAGCAGAAACAUAGCCCAACUGAUGGUGUUUGCGGAGAGCAGCAAGUUUUGGCUGAAAUCAUUUAAUUGCAGUAGAGCAAUCCUGCAAUCUGGCUCUUUGGAGCUGCCUGGCACAGAAUGUGGGGCACCCCUGCAAACAAGGCUGGGAAACCCUGUGGCAGUUUGUUUUUGAGCCCCCUGGAAAGGGAGCUUGAAGAAGUCCUGCUCUUUAACGAAGGGACUUACUGUCAAAGAGGCGGGGCUGAAUCGAAGAAGAUGAAGUGGACAAUAUGUAUCUGUGUACUGAAACUAGUCAAAAUUACAAACUUGCACUUCAGGACGUUUUUUAUGUUCAUUUCGAUUCUUCCGGUCGUGUUGGGAUUGGAUGCGACCUGGUGAAAGCGUCCAACCAAAAACUACAGGAGAGAAGUUCUUCGGAUCCAAGUAGUUAUUUUUUUCUUACACUUGUCUCAAAAAAUAAGUUGUGUGCCUUUUUUUAAACAACAGUGUCCUUUUU